AUGGAAGAGGCAGAGGGGAAGAUGAUGCGGAAGAAGCUGACGCCGGUGAUGAGAGGAGACCCUCCAACACUAACAGGUAGAGCAAAUGAAUCUAGAAAAUUAUAUGGAGUCCAGUUCCACCCUGAAGUUGGCCUGACAGAAAAUACGAAAGUAAUACUGAAGAAUUUCCUCUUUGACAUAGCUGGGUGCAGUGGGACCUUCACUGUGCAGAACAGAGAACUUGAGUGCGCUCAAGAGAUCAAAGAGAGAGUCGGCACAUCAAAAGUUUUGGUUUUGCUCAGUGGUGGAGUGGACUCAACAGUUUGUACAGCUUUGUUGAAUCGUGCUUUAAACCAAGGUCAAGUCAUUGCUGUGCACAUUGAUAAUGGCUUUAUGAGAAAACGAGAAUGUCGGUCUGUUGAAGAGGCCCUCAAAAAACUUGAAAUUCAAGUCAAAGUGAUAAAUGGCGCUCAUUCUUUCUACAAUGGACAAACAGCUCUACCAGUAUCAGAUGAAGACAGAUCUCCACGAAAGAGAAUUAGCAAAACCUAAAUGACUACAAGUCCUGAGGAGAAAGGAAAAAUCAUUGGGGAUACUUUUGUCAAGAUUGCCAAUGAAGUAAUUGGAGAAAUGAACCUGAAACCAGAGGAGGUUUUCCUUGCCCAAGGUACUUUAUGGCCUGAUCUAAUUCAAAGUGCAUCCCUUGUUGCAAGUGGCAAAGCUGAACUCAUCAAAACCCAUUAUAACGACACAGAGCUUAUCAGAAAGUUGAGAGAGGAGGGAAAAGUCAUAGAACCUCUGAAAGAUUUUCAUCAAGACGAAGUAAGGAUCUUAGGCAGAGAAUCUGGACUUCCGGAAGAGUUCGUUUCCAGGCAUCCAUUCCCAGGUCCGAGCCUGGCAAUCCGAGUAAUAUGUGCUGAGGAACCUUAUAUUUGUAAGGAUUUUCCUGAAACCAACAGUAUUUAGAAAAUAGUAGCUGAUUUUUCGGCAAGCGUUAUAAAGCCACAUACACUAUUACAGAGAGUCAAAGCCUGCGCAACUGAAGAGGCUCAGGAGAAGCUGGUGCAAAUUACAAGUCUGCAUUCACCGAAUGCCUUCCCGCUACCAGUUAAAACUGUGGGUGUGCAGGGUGACUGUCGUUCUUCCAGUUAUGGGUGUGGAAUCUCCAGUAAGGAUGAGCCUGACUGGGAAUCUCCAAUUUUCCUGGCUAGACUUAUACCUCGCCUGUGUCACAACAUUAACAGAGUUGUCUAUAUAUCUGGCCCACCAGUUAAAGAACCUCCUACAGAUGUUACCCCCACUUUCUUGACAACAGGGGUGCUCAGUACUUUACGCCAAGCUGAUUUUGAGGCCCAUAACGUUCUCAGGGAGUCUGGGUGUGCUGGGAAAAUCAGCCAGAUGCCGGUGAUUCUGACACCUUUACGUUUUGAUCGGGACCCACUUCAGAAGCAUCCUUCAUGCCAGAGAGCCAUGGUUAUUGGAACCUUUAUUACUAGUGAUUUCAUGACUGGUGUACCUGCAACCCUUGGCAAUGAGAUCCCUGUAGAGGUGGUGUUAAAGACGGUCACUGAGAUUAAGAAGAUUCCUGGUAUUUCUCAAAUUAUGUAUGACUUAACAUCAAAGCUCCCAGCAACUACUGAGUGA